UUUGCUUUGAGCCCUCACAGGGGCUGGAGGGAUUGAGGCUGGGCCCAGAACUCACAGUUCCAGGGUGACAGCGAAGGGGUCUUGGGGGAGCAGUGCCUCCUCCUCCAGCCCCUUCUUCGUAGGAAGUUUGGCAACUAGAGAAAACCACCGGGGAAAAUGAAGAACUGCUGGAAAAUCCCUGUUUUCUUCUUUGUGUGCGGUUUCCUGGAACCCUGGGCAUCUGCGGCAGUCAAGCGUCGCCCAAGAUUCCCUGUCAAUUCAAAUUCCAAUGGUGGAAGUGAACUCUGUCCAAAGAUCAGGAUUGGCCAAGAUGAUUUACCAGGGUUUGACCUGAUUUCUCAGUUCCAGGUGGAUAAAGCAGCAUCUAGACGAGCUAUCCAGAGAGUAGUGGGAUCAACUGCUUUACAAGUGGCAUACAAGUUGGGAAAUAAUGCAGACUUCAGGAUUCCAACCAGGGAUCUCUAUCCCAGUGGGCUGCCUGAAGAAUACUCCUUCCUGACGACCUUCCGGAUGACAGGAAGCACUCUCAGAAAGAACUGGGGCAUCUGGCAGAUUCAGGAUGCCUCCGGGAAGGAGCAAGUCGGCGUGAUGCUCAAUGGCCAAACGAAAUCUAUUGCAUUUUCAUACAAGGGACUGGAUGGAAGUCUCCAGACUGCAGCCUUUUCGAGUUUGCCCUCCUUGUUUGAUUCCCAGUGGCAUAAGAUCAUGAUUGGUGUAGAAAGGAGCAGUGCUACUCUUUUUGUUGACUGCAAUCUGAUCGAAUCCUUACCUAUAAAGCCGAGGGGCCCAAUCGAUAUCGAUGGCUUUGCUGUGCUGGGAAAGCUCGUGGACAAUCCUCAAGUUUCUGUUCCAUUUGAACUUCAAUGGAUGCUGAUCCACUGCGACCCGCUGCGACCCAGGAGAGAAACCUGCCACGAACUACCCGCCGGAACACCGGUGACGUCUGUCUUGCAGAGAGGCCCCCCGGGUCCGCAGGGCCCCCCUGGACCCCCAGGUCCCCCUGGAGUUCCGGGCAUCGACGGCAUCGACGGUGACCGAGGUCCAAAGGGUCCCCCGGGCCUCCUGGGUCCCGCAGGGGAACCCGGAAAGCCAGGAGCUCCUGGCAAGCCCGGCACACCUGGCGCUGACGGAUUAACAGGACCUGAUGGCUCUCCUGGCUCCAUUGGACCAAGGGGACAAAAAGGAGAACCCGGUGUGCCUGGAUCGCGUGGAUUUCCAGGUCGUGGUAUUCCUGGACCCCCCGGUCCUCCUGGGACAGCAGGACUCCCUGGAGAGCUUGGCCGUGUGGGAUCUAUUGGCGAUCCUGGGAAAAGAGGACCACCUGGCCCCCCUGGCCCUCCAGGACCAAGUGGAACAAUUGGUUUUCAUGAUGGAGAUCCACUGUGUCCAAAUGCCUGUCCACCAGGCCGCUCAGGAUACCCAGGCAUACCAGGCAUGAGGGGGCAUAAAGGGGCUAAAGGAGAAAUCGGUGAACCAGGAAGACAAGGACACAAGGGUGAAGAAGGUGACCAGGGAGAACUGGGAGAAGUUGGAGCUCAAGGACCUCCAGGAGUGCAAGGCUUGAGAGGCAUUACCGGCAUCGUUGGGGACAAAGGGGAAAAAGGUGCUCGGGGCUUUGAUGGAGAACCUGGGCCUCAGGGUCUUCCCGGUGCACCUGGUGAUCAAGGGCAGCGAGGACCCCCAGGAGAAGCUGGUCCCAAGGGAGACAGGGGGAUCCAAGGACCUAGAGGGAUUCCUGGCUCCCCUGGACCUAAAGGAGACACGGGCUUGCCAGGUGUGGAUGGCCGUGACGGGAUCCCUGGAAUGCCGGGUGCGAAGGGUGAACCAGGAAAACCCGGGCCUCCCGGGGAUGCAGGAUUGCAGGGGCUGCCAGGUGUCCCUGGAAUUCCUGGUGCCAAGGGUGUUGCUGGUGAAAAGGGCAGCACAGGCGCUCCAGGGAAGCCAGGCCAGCUGGGGAAUUCAGGCAAGCCGGGCCAGCAGGGACCUCCAGGUGAGGUGGGACCCCGAGGACCCCGUGGGCUUCCUGGUAGUAGAGGAGAGACAGGACCAGCGGGAGCCCCAGGCCUGCCAGGUAAACUGGGUUCUUCUGGAAGCCCCGGCCUCCCUGGCUUGCCUGGGCCCCCUGGACUUCCUGGAAUGAAAGGUGACAGGGGUGUGGCUGGUGAACCUGGUCCAAAGGGUGAACAGGGUGCCUCUGGUGAAGAAGGCGAAGCAGGAGAAAGGGGGGAACUUGGAGACAUAGGAUUACCUGGCCCAAGGGGAUCUGUGGGCAACCCUGGGGAGCCCGGCUUAAGAGGGCCUGAAGGAAGUCGGGGCCUUCCAGGAGUGGAAGGACCAAGAGGACCGCCUGGACCCCGGGGCAUGCAGGGGGAGCAAGGUGCCACCGGCCUACCUGGUGCCCAGGGCCCUCCGGGUAGAGCACCGACAGACCAACACAUUAAGCAGGUUUGCAUGAGAGUCAUGCAAGAACAUUUUGCUGAGAUGGCUGCUAGUCUCAAGCGUCCUGACUCAGGUGCCUCUGGCCUCCCUGGAAGGCCAGGCCCCCCAGGACCCCCUGGACCUCCUGGAGAGAAUGGUUUCCCAGGCCAGAUAGGAAUCCGUGGCCUUCCAGGCAUUAAAGGACCCCCUGGAGUGCUUGGUUUGAGGGGACCCAAAGGUGACUUGGGAGAAAAAGGAGAGCGUGGCCCUCCAGGAAGAGGUCCCAAAGGCUUGCCUGGAGCUACAGGCCUCCCAGGUGAUCCAGGCCCUGCCAGCUACGGGAGGAAUGGCCGGGAUGGGGAGCCAGGCCCCCCAGGAGUGGCAGGAAUUCCUGGUGUGCCCGGGCCCCCAGGUCCACCUGGGCCCCCUGGAUUCUGUGAGCCGGCCUCCUGUACCGUGCAGGCUGGGCAACGGGCGUUCAGCAAAGGGCCCGACCCGUGAGAGGCUGGGUGCCACGGGGCUCCCUGCAUGGACCACGCCUGGCAGGUGGAAGAGCUGGAAGAGGAUUGCCACCGGGAGUGCCUGCACGACACAGCCGUCCUACCUGAUACUCAGACUCAGAAGAAUGGUGCUGUUCAAGAUGUCCUCCCUCCUUGGCGGGGCGGGGGACAGCAGAGUCAUCGGUAAAAACCCAAACACCUCCUUUAAAUAAAUGUAGAGUCCUGUCCCAGGAUCUUGAACUUAGCGUGCUAUACCAUGUGAGCUGCGGCCAUGGUGCCAAUAAACACAGACAACUGUUUGGUUUACCUCAGUUGCAGUAGCUAUUUUCAUUUUUCUUUAGCUGUUGUUCUCAGAUUAUUGUUUUGGUUAUAUAGAGGGUUACUAGACUAGUUGUGAAGAAACCCCACUAUAUUUAAUAGAAUUGGUGCUUCAAAUCCCAUCAAUGUGCUGUCUCGGGGACAGACAGGGCUGCGUCACCCCAAAUGACUUCCUUAUGUCACAUGUUGGUUUUCAUCCUCAGCCUGAAUUUUUGUUUAACUGUUUGUACUGUACCCCAAACCUGUUAAUAUUUGGAACUCUUUUAUGUGAAAGCAAAGAAGGAGUUUUUAUACUCUGGCAUUCAUAAAUUUUAUUGAUGAGAUUAUUUAUUUUAAAGGUUUGAGGUCACAUCUCUGAUUGUACCAAAGAAGAAAUAAAUAUGGUUUCUUAAUCUCUUG